AUUCACAUGGAUCUCCACACACCAAAGCAGAGAAAUUUAAAAAAGAAACAGAGAAAUACUCUGUUUUGCUCUACUUUGACCUCCAUCGAAACACUCUCAGAUCAUUCCCGAUAGGAUGGCACUUGCAAAAGAGAUUUUGGGUUCUACUCUAAUUGAAAAAUCAUCUCUGAUUACUUCUUCAAGAUCUCUCCUUUUCAAUCACCAGCAGAACAGGCUCCGUUUCACACCGGUGUUGGUUCCGUUGGAGAAGAAGAUCCUUCGGUUGGAGAAAGUUGUGAAAGGACCGAAGGCGGCGAUUAGUGAGAAGCUGGUGAAGGUACCUGCUGUGGAGAAGCCUGUGAAGUUCAAGGUGAGAGCUGUUGUGACAGUGAGGAAGAAUAACAAGGAAGAUCUGAGGGAGACCAUCGUCAAGCACAUUGAUGCCUUGUCGGAAAAGAUAGGCAGAAAUGUCGUUUUGGAGCUUGUUAGUACUGAAAUCGAUCUAAGAUCGAAGAAGGCGAAGGUCAGCCAAGCUGUGUUGAAGGACUGGUUACAGAAAGCAAACCUCCGGGCGGAGCGGGUGAAGUACACGGCUGAGUUCACGGUCGAUUCAAGCUUCGGAGUGCCCGGCGCUAUCACCGUCAGCAACAAGCACCAGAAGGAAUUCUUCUUGGAGAGCAUUGUGAUCGAAGGGUUUGCCUGCGGCCCGGUCCAUUUCGUAUGCAAUUCAUGGGUCCAAUCCAGAAAGGAUCAUCCAGUAAAAAGGAUCUUCUUCAGCAACAUGCCAUAUCUACCAUCGGAGACGCCCGAUGGACUCAAAAAGCUGCGAGAGAAGGAGCUACAAGAUUUGAGGGGCGAUGGGAAGGGUGAAAGGAAGUUGUCUGAUAGAAUAUACGACUAUGAUACAUACAACGAUCUGGGCAACCCGGACAAAGGGACCGACCUCGCUAGGCCGAUUCUCGGCGGCGAAUCAAUCCCAUACCCACGUCGAUGUAGAACGGGCCGCCCUCCGUCCGAUGCCAACAUUAAGGUGGAGAGUCGAGUGGAAAAGCCGUUGCCGAUGUAUGUUCCAAGGGAUGAAGCAUUCGAGGAGUCGAAGAAACACACAUUUUCCACUAGCCGACUAAAGGCGGUCCUCCAUAACCUGAUACCGUCUCUCAUCGCCUCGAUAUCGGUUGAAAACCAUGAUUUCAAGGGGUUCUCCGAUAUCGACCGUCUUUACAAGGAAGGACUCCUACUAAAAUUGGGAUUGCACGAUGAGAUUGUGAAGAAGCUUCCAAUCGUUAACAAGAUCCAAGAAUCCAGCGAGGGCCUACUCCGAUACGACACUCCAAGCAUCAUCUCCAAGGAUAAGUUCGCUUGGCUGCGAGACGAUGAGUUCGCCCGACAGACGCUGGCAGGGAUUAACCCCGUUAAUAUUGAGAGGCUUCAGGUUUUCCCACCAGUAAGCAAGCUCGACCCUUCGAUCUAUGGCCCACCAGAAUCCGCCAUCAAAGAAGAACACAUUGUGGGCCAGCUCAACGGCAUGACCGUACAACAGGCGUUGGACGAGAGCAAGCUGUUCGUCUUGGAUUUCCAUGACAUCUACGUGCCGUUCCUUGAUCGAAUCAACAGCCAAGAUGGGCGGAAAGCAUAUGGGACCCGCACGAUCUUCUUCCUUACAUCGGCGGGGACGCUGAAGCCGAUCGCCAUCGAGCUGGGCCUCCCGCCAGCAUCGAGCGGCUCUCGAUCGAAGCGGGUCCUGACCCCACCCAAUGAAGCCACGUCCCAUUGGCUUUGGCAGCUGGCUAAGGCCCACGUCUGCUCCAACGAUGCAGGCGUCCAUCAGCUCGUCAAUCACUGGUUGCGGACGCACGCUUGCAUCGAGCCGUUCAUUCUUGCGGCCCACCGUCAGCUGAGUGCGAUGCACCCUAUCUUCAAGCUACUCGACCCACACAUGCGAUACACGCUCGAGAUCAACGCUCUAGCUCGCCAGAGCCUGAUCAACGGCGGUGGCGUCAUCGAAUCAUGCUUCACGCCGGGCCAGUACUGCAUGGAUAUCAGUGCGGCGGCUUAUCGUGACCAUUGGCGCUUCGAUUUGGAGAACUUGCCUGCAGAUCUGAUCCGAAGGGGCAUGGCCAUUGAGGACUCCACACAACCCAACGGCCUCAAGCUCGUUAUCAACGACUAUCCUUACGCCUCAGACGGCAUCCUCAUCUGGUCCGCCAUCGAAAGCUGGGUCCAGAGCUACGUUCGAGCCUACUACCCGGACCCGAACCUCAUAGAAGCCGAUACAGAGCUCCAAGCCUGGUACGCCGAGUCAGUCCACGUGGGCCAUGCUGACAAGCGCCACGAGAGCUGGUGGCCCACCUUAUCCAACGCUGAUGAUCUUGUUUCCAUCCUUACAACCCUCAUCUGGAACGCAUCAGCCCAACACGCCGCCCUCAACUUCGGUCAGUACCCCUUCGGCGGCUACGUUCCGAACCGACCGCCGUUGAUGCGGCGGCUGAUACCGGAGGAAGCCGAUCCGGAGUAUGAUAAUUUCCUCGCCGAUCCUCAACGAUACUUCCUGUCGGCUCUACCGAGCCUACUGCAAGCUAGCAAGUUCAUGGCUGUCGUUGACACGCUGUCAACGCACUCGCCGGACGAGGAGUACUUGGGCGAGCGACAGCAGCCGUCGAUCUGGACUGGGGAUACUGAGAUCGUUGAGGCGUUUUACAAGUUCUCGGCGGAGAUACAGAAGAUUGAGGAGAAGAUCCACCGGCGGAACGCCGAGUCGGAGCUGAAGAACAGGUGCGGAGCCGGCGUGCUGCCGUACGAGCUGCUGGCGCCGAGUUCUGGACCGGGAGUGACGGGGAGAGGGGUGCCUAACAGCAUUUCUAUAUGAGGGGUGGCCCACCUGUUUGUGGGGCCCAUUUAUUUAUUGAGGUUAGAGAGAUUAUGAAAGGGUGGGAUAGAUUGGUGUAAAUGUAGUAGGAAUUUGUAUAAUGUAAAGUGUAUAACCAAUGGUUGUAAGAGAGCUAAUAUAUAAUGUAAGUGGGCCAUUAUCUGCCCUUUUAUGUUA